AUGGAAUCUCCACGUGAUAGCACCGGUCCAACAACGCAACCUCCAUCUGUCUGGCCAUCGCCGCAACGACCGGAAAAGAUGGUUCUGGAACUUCAUAUUUGGGGUCCGGCGUUUUCAUUGCCGUCUAUUGAUGCGCAAUGUCUCGCCGCCAUUACGUAUCUGUCCCUGACCGUGCCCAAGGACGCCUGGGUGCUCGUCGCAAGCAGUGAUCCUUCCGUGUCGCCGACUUGCGAAUUGCCUGCCCUCAAAAAUGGCUCAACAUGGGUGAGCCGGUUCCGCAAUAUCGUCGACUACCUUCGUCAGUAUUCGAACGGCGACUGGGACCUGGAUCAGGGUCUCGAUGGACUCGAAAAAGCAGAUAACAUUGCCUUCUCCGCCUUCCUUGAAUCCCGCGCUCAAUCCCUCCUCGACCUCUCCCUCUACGUCACCAGCCAAAACUACUACAACUGCACCUCUCCCUCCUACGGCGCCAUCCUCCAAUGGCCCAACCAAUGGAUCCUCCCUCCGAAACUUCACAGCGCCGCCAAAACCCGCACCGAACAUCUCGGCCUCUCCUCCCUGGACAUACAAGCCAUCGAAGACCAACGGAAACGUGACCACUCCGCCGCCGUCGCAGCAGGCCAGAUCCCCAAGAACCUCAUUCCUCAGCCGCGCGACACCGUUUCAUCCCUAAUCGGCAAAACGGCGCAGCAGAACCAGUUCAAGCUGGAGGCGUUGACCGCGGAACUGUUCGAGCCGCUCGAGGAAAUCCUCAACGGGAAGGGAUACUUUCUGCACACUCGCGAGGACGGACCUACAAGCCUGGACUGUUUGGCGCUGGGAUACCUGAGUCUGGCGCUUGUGCCGGAGCUACCUAACCCCUGGUUGAGGGAUGCGAUGCGCAGCAAGGCGCCCCAGGUGACGGCGUAUACGGAGCGAAUGGUGAAGGAGAUCUUCGGUGUUGUCGAGCUCGAACAUGCUCUUCCUUCGGAUGAUACUAAGAGAUCACGAUCAUCGAUGCUGCCAUGGCAGGCACCGCAGCGAGCCCGGUUGGCUACGAUUGGAAGCACCCUUUACAAUACCCUUGCGGAUGCGACACCUAUCUGGAAGGAUAUCCGCUUGAACAACCGGAUGAAGGAGGCGAUCGAUGACAACGGGGAGCUGAGUGGGAUUGAGCGUAGGACGAUGUCGGCGUUUGCCGCCGCACAGUCGAAGGAUGUAUGGUUGUCGGUUGGGUAUGCGGUUGUGAGCGUUGCGGCAUUUGUUGGGUAUCUUACGUUCCAACCGUCGAUUCGGAAGGGUUGGACACAGACUGUUCAGCCUGUACACGAGGAGGGUGAGUUCGAGGUGGUAGAUGAGGAGGAAGGUGAAGGGGAAGGGAAAAAAGAGGAGGAACUAGAUCUUGAAAUGGACGCGAUGAAGGUUUUGCGUGAUCUUGAUCUAUAG